AUGACGUGCGAUGAUGAAACAUGCGACUAUACAACAUGGAGUUUAAACUUCCGUGUUGUUGGUGAAUCUGAGAGAGGAACAGUAUGCCCAAAUUACCUUCGAUGUAAUGGUCGUCUUGUGAGACGGGUUGAUACUAAGUUGAAGGCUACAGUUGAGAAAGAGGUUGGUAGGAUAAGAGGUUUGGUUGGAUUAGCUUUUUCCACAGCACAGAAGGAUGCUGAUGAAGAGGACUUUGGUGAUGAGGAUGAUGAAGAGAAAGAUCAUCAAGCAAUAGAUAUCCUUUUAGCAGAGAUCGAUAUAUAUGAGCUUUUUGCUUUCAAACAUUGUUGGGGAAGAAGGUUGAAACUUGCUCUUUGUGAAGGAUCCACCAGGAACAGGAAAAACACAAACAAUUUUUGGGCUUCUUAG